UUUUUGUUGCUCUUCUCUGUACUCUUUCUAGAGUCUCAACAUCUUUUUUACAUCAUGGUGAACAACUGAGGAGACUGAAGUGAGGAUAUGGAGAGAUUUGUUGAAAGGGAAAGGAAGGAUUCAAUGUAAUAUAAUUUGUGAUGUUUGUGUUAUUUUUGGUAACACUUAUGGAUUUCUGUUUCUCUAAUGGGGAGAUGAGAUUCUAGUCAUGGUUAACAGAAAUUGGGGUGAUAUAUGGAAUGAAGAGAGAUUUGCUUAUAUUUUAAUGGGUCCAGUAAUAAGUUCUUAAUGUAGGUUAUACUUACUGGAAAUGAAAGAGGUUUCUCUAUCAUUUUUUCUUCUUUUUAUGCUCCUUUUUAAUUUUAACUUUUUUUAAAAAAAAUAUCUAUUUUUGUAAUUGUAUAAGUUUGACUUGCAUAACUUUUAAUAACAAUUAUUGGGGAAAAAAGGUAAUGUUUUGUUUACAACAAUACCUAAAGUAGCAUAAGCCUUGGUGACAAGCUAGGAGGUUGUAAUGUCAUGAACAACAAUAAUGCACUUGGGAGGGGAGGGCUAGCUCUGUCAUGGGUAAGUGAGCACAUCACAACUGAUGUGUUUAGAAAAGAUUAAAGGCUUAGGCAUUGUGGUUUUAGGUAGGCUGCCUCUGAAGCCACCGAGGCUAAGCAGAGAUAAGAAGGGAAGGGAACUGCACACAAGUGUCCAUGCUCAUAAAGCAAAAACAGAUGAAGAGAAUAUGGGAUAACUCAUUGCCUUAUGUCUGCAUUGUUAAUAAUUAGUGUUACCUUUUGAAUUAGACAUUUAUAAGAGAGUGACAGGGGAUAGCCAGAGUUGACCACCAUCCAUCUCUGCCUGCUUCCUGAUUAGUGCUACUGUAAUAAACAAUUUCCUAAUCCCUCUAGAAGGGUCUUCCUGCCUGACUUGGGAACAAACAUAUUAACUUCUAAUAGUAAUUUAAUUUUAUAGAGGUGAAUGUGUUGGGUUGUUUUUGUGACUGUGUUAUGUGUUUGUGCAGUAUUGCAAAGUUUUAGAAACACUUAACAAGUCCUCCCUCAUUCCAUUUGUGAAAAGACCAACUGCCUUUGAUUUUCCCUUUCUACAAUCAAUUUCUAUAAUGACAAUUCCAUGCAAUGGUUAAGUCCUUGAAUUAAUGUGGAGAUACAAAACCAUGGCUCAGCUAAGUAGCAACACCUAGUCCAACUUACCUUAUCUGAAAAAUAAUAGGAUAGGAUCUAGAUCAGUGCUUUUCAAACUUGGCAAUUGUAAGAUGUGUGGACUUCAACUCCUAGAAUUCCUCAGCCAACAUCCACAGCAGACGUCCACAGAUCUUAAAAGUUGUCAAGUUUGAAAAACACUGAUCUAAGACCUUUCUUCUUCCUUUGUAGCUCUUUUUCUAUUACACACCUUAGAUUAUAAACCAUUACAAUACACGGGGAUGUACUUGGGAAAAAGAGAGCUAUAAAUGUAAUAAGCAAAUAAUGACUAAUCUUCCUUCCUUUUUCAUUUGCUAAAUUUGACUUAGGCUUUAAAACAGUGGAGAACAUUUUCUUCUUAGUUCCAAGAUGAUCUGGGCAGAAUCCACCCCACUGAGGCCAUUUUAAUGGCAGGAGGGAAGGAGCAACCAUUUCUUUCACAAUUUCCUUUCCUAGAUGUAAAAGAGCAGAUUGUUUUGCAACAUGUCUGCAGUGCAGUUUAGUUGACUUCUAAGCUUUUGCUAAACAUUGAAAACAAGGGAAGUUUGUUAAGUAUAGGAAUGUCUGCAGAAUGGGAAGUCAAAAAAGGCAAGAUGAGACACAUUAAAUGGUGUGUUUAUGAUUGUACAGUGGCUAUUGUCAUCCUGAUUAUUUUGACAUGCCUCUGCAAUCAAGAAUGUAGUAUCAAAAUUUGACUUUUUUUAUAGCAUGGAAAGCUCUGGAAACUGGAAUAUCUGUAGCCAACUGUUUGAACCUUUCCUACCUGAUUUUGAGACCAGCAUCACAAUGCUUUAAUAAUCAUUGCAUGGCAGAUGGAUGCACCAGAUUUUUAAAAUGAUUUAAUGUUGGCCAUGAUUUGGAGUACAUUCAAUGGAUCUGGUCUAAUGGCAAAGAUGGGUCAGUAUUGUUUCUUUAUGACAGAUGAGAAAAAGAGGGUUGCCUGCUACAGGGGUGAAUCACUGCAGCAUUAGGGUUUAGCACCUUCUCAAACCAGUAUCACGGAGCUUAAUGGACUAAUAAAAUCUUUUAUUCAUUUAAUAAUUUGGCAAUUUAAUAUUCUAUUUACAAAAUAGUUUUAUAAUUAGAUGGGAUAGUUUUAAGUAUUUUUGUUUAAAAAAAUUAAUAUUCUAGUAGUUGUGUUUACAGUGUAUUUAGUUUGCUCCAUUUUAUUUCUUCUAGUUUGUUUAGUGAUUUUAAAUAUUGUUUUGCCCAAACAGUGUAAUCCUGUAGCAUCAAUAACAGUAGACAAUUCUAGGCAGUGAUCACAAUGAAGGAGUCAGUCUGUUUAUUUUCUAAUUGGGCCUAAUCCAAAAUAUUUUGCUCACAGGUUCAAUUAAUGUUAUGAUAAAUUUGAACAGACAAUUCAGUGGGAAUGCCUUCUUCUGACAGGGGAAGCAGACUAUAAGUAGACAGAGCUUCAUUUGUUCGUAUGAUUUCUUGGUGGAGGUACAAAUAAGACCAGGCUUUGCAGCUUGCAAUUUAUCAGGAAAUCCAAAACUUGCAAAAUAUGUCUGAGAAAUCCAAACUGACCUAUUUCAAUGGUAGAGGACGAAUGGAAUCCGUACGCUGGCUCUUAGCAGCAGCUGGAGUUGAGUUUGAAGAAAUAUUUUUGGAAACAAGAGAACAGUAUCUGAAAUUAAUCAAAGGUGGAUACUUGCUGUUUGAUCAAGUCCCCCUGGUGGAGAUGGAUGGGCUAAAGUUGGUCCAGACCAAGGCUAUUCUCAAUUACAUUGCGGGGAAAUAUAAUCUCCUUGGGAAGGAUCUGAAAGAACGAGCACAAAUUGACAUGUACGUGGAAGGGACCAUAGACCUAAUGGCACUUAUUUUGAUCUACCCUUUUUGUUCACCUGAGCAAAAAGAGAAACAACUUGCUACCAUUAAUGAAAAGGCAGUGACCAGGUACCUCCCAGUCUAUGAAAAGGCUCUGGAACAUCAUAAGCAAGAGUUCCUAGUUGGUAAUUGCCUCAGCUUUGCAGAUAUACAAUUACUUGAAGCAAUUUUAAUGUUGGAAGAGAUAAAGGCUGAUAUUCUUGCGCCAUUCCCUCAACUACAGGCUUUCAAAGCAAGGAUAAGCUCCAUUCCCACCAUUAAGAAAUUCCUAGAACCUGGAAGCCAAAGAAAACCAGUCGCCGAUGAUGCUUAUGUAGCUGUUGUGCUGGAGGUUCUUCAGCUGAAGUUGUCGUAACAUCAUGUCUGCUUGCCAGAACAUCAGAUAAUCAAGAAAAUUUCCAUGAGGCAACAAGGAACCCACCCCAACAUUUACAAGCUGUCCCAAAGGACUCCUUUUAUUACUUAACCUCAGAUGUUGAUAGAUCUUCCACCCUGGUUUAUAUGCAAUGAUGUUUUGCCACAGAGCACUCCCCACCGUUGUUUAUCAUGGCACAGUGCUGCCAGAUGUGCUAAAUGCAAGGAACUUGCCUACCCCUCAUCUGGGGGAUAAUUGAGAAUCCUCUUUUUGUUUCCUAAAAGCAAAAGAUUAUCUGCUGGGACCAAAAACAAUAAAUGGCUUACUCUUUGGUGCAAAUUCUUAAAGUGCAUUAAAUUUUUGCAUUCAAACAA